UAUAUCACAAUUUGGUACUAUAUUAUGAUUUCAAUUGGUGAUUGUAACCUUACAACAACCACAGAUGAAAUAAAAAAAUAAAAAAUGAUGCAAAAUAUGAUUAUAUAUAGCGAUUUCUUGGAAGAGGAGAGUCAAUCUUCCAUGCUAUAUGUAUAAAUAUUGUCUUGAUUCCGAGAAGAGAGCAUUAAAGAUUGUCUGAUCUCCGACAGCGAUAACAGGAUGUUGUCUGAUCAUAUUAUUGAUGUUGAAAAUUUAUCAAUUUCCAUUGGCAAGGAUCUGGAAGCUUUACAUCCAUUAUCAGAUGAAUGUUGCAUUUAUAAAGUGCCUAAGAUACUGUAUCGAUUAAACGAAGUGGCCUACACACCUCAAGUGGUCUCCAUCGGUCCAUUUCACCAUGGCAAACCAGAGCUACAGUUAAUGGAGGAACAUAAAAGAAGAUAUACGAAAGAGUUCCUUCAACUCAGCACUAGUCAUGUUAGUGUGAAGGAAUAUGUUGAAUUCAUAAAGAAGAGGGAAAAAAGGUUACGCAAUUCCUAUGCCGAAACCAUUCAACUUAAUCCUCAAGACUUUGUGAAGAUGAUUUUAACAGAUGCUGCUUUUCUAAUUAUGGUGCUCUUGAAAUUUAGUUGCCCAGAGCUCCAAAGUAGCAACGAUCGUAUAUACUCGAGACCAUGGAUGUCACGCGAUGUUCGGUAUGAUAUACUGUUGCUUGAAAAUCAACUUCCCUUCUUUAUUCUUGAGGACUUGUAUGAUGUAUCUGGUAUACCUAAUAAGCUUCAAAAACCUGGACUUUCCAUGAUCAAGCUUGUUCACUCCUUCUUCAAAAUUAAAUGGGGUUAUUGGGUGUUAGAUGAUGUGUUGGAGAAACAGAACUUUUUAGAAACAAAGCAUCUACUCGAUUUUCUGAGGAUCUGUCAGCAACCAUUAAAUUUGCAAGCUGGAAAUAAAAUAAAAUCAGAUGUCACAUGGUAUGCACCUAGUGUUACAGAGCUUUACCGAGCAGGAGUCAAAUUUGAGUUGGCGUCAAGCAAAAACCUUCUUGACAUUGAGUUCAGAGAUGGCAUUUUGAAACUUCCAGUGUUGAAAAUGACAAAUAGGUCUGAAAUUUUAUUGAGGAACCUACAGGCAUUUGAGCAAUGCCAUUGCAAAGACAAAUAUUUAAAUGACUAUAUUGCAUUGAUCAGUACUCUGGUUGAGACAGCUGAAGAUGUGAAAAUAAUGGCUGAAAAUGGAAUUAUACAAAAUCGGCUACGGAAUAAUGAUAGUCUGUCAACUCUUUUUAACUAUCUUGCCAAAGGAAAUUUUGUGUCCAGAAAGAGCUUCUACUUCUCCAAUAUAGUUGAAGCUCUUAAUCUGUAUUGCAAAAACCCUUGGCACAAGUGGAAGGCAACCCUCAAACAGGAUUAUUUCAAUAAUCCAUGGGCAGGGAUUUCUGUUCUUGCAGCUUUUAUUCUUCUCAUGCUUACUGUCGUACAAACUGUGUGUUCCCUACUGCAAAUUUAGAUUCUACUCUACUGUAAAAUGUAAAUCUUUUUCUGAAAUUGUCCCAUGUGAAAUGCAUCGCAAUAGAGAAGUAUUACUACAGGAUCCUUAUUGAAGAAUUGAAUGCGUACUGCAAAAUCCCUGGCCGUAAUCUGUGUCUUCGCAGCAUGUGUUCUUCUCAUCCUCACUAUGAUCCAGACUGUAAGAUCUAUCUUUCAAUUGUAAACUCUAGAUAUAUCAUUUCAUGGUUUCUUGAUUUAGUCUAUAA